UACAGAUCGCAUUGAGUCCGGUUGACCACAAACCGAACAUGAUGCUUCUGCUGCUCUUUUUGGCGAUCAUUGGAGCUUAUGCCGCUGCUUGGUGGCUACUGGAGAACCUCAUCCUGCCGCUGUUUCGAAUCGUAUGGGGCACGCUGAAGCAGCCACUCUGCGGAAAGAAGUCACUAGCCGAACGCUAUGGGCGAUGGGCAGUCAUAACCGGAGCAACCGAUGGCAUUGGAAAAGGCUAUGCAGUCCACCUGGCUCGAAAAGGGAUGAACUUGGUGUUGAUAUCUCGUUCCGAAGCCAAGCUGAUCAAGGUCAGUCGAGAGAUUCAAAUUGACACCGGAGUUCAGAUCAAAUUGAUCGUGGCUGAUUUUUCGAAAGGUGAUAGCAUCUACGACCGCAUAGGAAAGGAACUGGAACCGGUUGAUGUGGGAAUUCUCGUUAACAAUGUUGGUAUGGCUUCGGAUCGUAUGGAUCAUUUUGAAAACCACCGUCAACAGCACUAUCUCCAGAUGGUGAACGUCAACGUGCUCUCAGUGCUGAUGAUGACCCACAUAGUACUGCCGAAGAUGAAGCAAGCUGGCCGAGGCAUAAUCAUCAACAUAUCGUCUGGAACGGCUAAACUACCUGCUCCGUACAUAACCGCAUAUUCAGCAUCGAAGAGUUUCGGUCAUAAUUUUACGCUAGCUUUGCAACAGGAGCUGCGUGGGAGUGGAGUUGAAUGCCAGCUCGUGGUGCCCGGAUUCGUGCGAACCAAUAUGGUUGAUGCCUGGGAUGUGACCAGGUUCGGUGGAAAGCUUAUACCGGAUGCCAACCAGUUUGGAGCGAGUGCCACUUGGUUGAUUGGGAAAUCGGAUUGUACCAGCGGACAUUGGUAUCAGGGGACUUUUAUGCUGCUUACCAUGCUAGUUCCUCAGUAUGUUCGUAUGAGAGUCAAUGCUGCAAUUUUCAAGCAUUUGAUGGACGGGCAACAUGUCGAAGUGAAGCGAACAAGUUUGUAAAAUAGAUUACCGAAGUGCUCUGAUCAUGUAUUCCAAAUAUACAUAUUUACUUAUGAUAAA